UCAAGUGCUGUUAUUCAAAGUAAGAAAUCAAUUUCUAGAGCCUACAGUGUAUCUGAGUAUAAAAAUGAACUCGCAUUUGUACUGCAUAACUAAAUUAAGUUGGCUGCUGGUAUUCAUGCUGGUUUUCUGGCAUCGUGCCGCUCAAGGAUUACCUUCUUUUUCACCAAAUGAGUGUGAACCCGGCCUUUCACUGGAUCCCAGAGAGUGUGCGCAUGGCGCCUUCGACUUAAAUAUGAACCGCACGAAUUGCGAACCUCGUAUGGUUUGUUACAGGAAUAUAGGUGAGCCUUGCCAGGAGCUUGUCGCUAGCAGCAAUUGUUUGCCACCGCURGUUUGUAAUUGUGGUAAGUGUAGUGAAGUGUUGAGCUACUUAUGCCGCAAAAAAAUGCCACCGAUAUUGAAUAUGUCAAAGCGCAUGAAACCGGUUUAUACGGAAUACGUCUAUUAAAAUUGCAUUAGAUGCUGUAGCUUCAAACAAAAUUUUAGAUGGACAAAGAUGAAAAGCACCGAACCAAAGGACUCGCGAUUGAAACUUGAUAUACAGUUAUAAAAUAUGAAAAAUUAAUCCAAGUAACAUGCUAAAAUGCGUAAAAGAUGUAUAUUCAUAUAUAUAUUCAGUAUUGAUUUAGCCUUAAGUAUAAUGUAUGCUCUGAGCCGGUAGUAAACUUAAAAAUGUUAAACAA